AUGGUGUGCUUGCCUGCUACAUCUAGUUGUCGAGUGCUCGCUACCUGCUGUGUAAAAGUAGAGGGGGACGUUUCGGGAUGUGUUACCAAUGAAGGGGAAAACGACCUGCAAAAGACGAGGUUGUGCCGUGUGAUGUCUGUAUUGAAGGUGUACCUGAACUGGGCGAACUCGAUUCUCAGUGAGGUAGGACGGCACGUGGACGGCACCGCGGACAUCCAGGAGGGUAGGUCUCUGUGUGAGCUCAUCGACGUUUUAGCUCCAGAUGCGUACCUUGUAGAAAAAUGUGAGGCUUCUGGUGGUAGGAAUCCCAGGAGUUACAUACAGACGGCUCUAGAGCACCUGCAAUCACAUGGAAUUAAGUUUGUCUUCACAGUUCAGGAUUUACUAGAUGGAGAUAUAAAGUCCCUACUUGAUGUUCUCUGGCUGAUCAUUCUUAACUACAGUAUUCAUGACAUUGCUCAAAACACAUACCAACGAAGUGUCGGCAUUGGAAAGAAGAAUUUACUAGACUGGUGCCAGCAGGAAGUAGACGCCAUAUUUGAUCCCAGGAAUACUUUAACAUUUAAUUUAUGUACCGGACAUUGGUUUACAAGACUGAUUCACAAAUUCUCUGGAAUAGAACAAACAGAAAAUGAGGAUCGAGUGUCGUACCUAGAGAAACUUCUACAUAAGAUUCAGAAGAAAUACGCCAUCAGCAAAGAUAUUGUCAGUGCAUCAGAUAUUGUUGAUGGAACAGUUGAUGAGCACACGUUGAUGAUCUAUUUGUCACUGCUUAAACGCAGAGUUGGAGGAAAUCGAGACACAGACUUGAGUAGAGCAUCAUACAGAUUAACACUGCCACCUGGAGGUUUGAACUUGACAGCGAUUUCACAGACCAAACGCAGUCGCAGUGCCAGCCCCUUGGUGAGUUGGAGCUCUCCUCAGGAGGAAGAAGAAAAGUAUUGCUCUGACAGUGAAUUGUUCAGCAGGCUUGGAGCAGCGAGUAGAAACCCACGGAACAACAAAUUACCUCGCGAGAGAGCAUCAAGAGAAAGUGUUCACUUGAAAAUGUCACAGAGGAAUGAGAGACUGUCGGGAGCGAGGAGUCACGAAUCAGUGGAUGACGGCUCCGACUGGUUUUCAUCAACGUCUGGUUCGAUGAUUUCGUCUCCCGUGGGGCGGCUGUCACCCGGCAAAGACGGCAGAAUGACUCCCCUUGAUGCGGGCAGAGAACAAGUGUUGAAUGAGACCAUCAGUCAGCAGGUGUGGGAACACAUGCCGCAGUCGGAGGGGGAUGAGGGACAGGGGGAGGUGUCACCACCAAGGCCGAUGUUGAACAAUGCUCACAACAGCAAUGCGGAUAGUCACGUCAUGUCGGGUAGUGGCACAGAUUCGUCAGAAACAGUAGCACGUGAACAGCACAGAGAUAGUCAGUUUGUAGAUAGUAAAGCAUAUGGAGAACACGCAGAUGGUCGGUAUUUAGAUAGUAAAGGAAGUGAAAAUACAACAGACUCUAGCUCAGAUAUCAAAAUCAGACGACCAAAGGACUAUUUCCGACAGUGGGAAGACACGAUUGAUCGUCUGUCUCACGGACCUGUCAGUUCAGACAGUUCAAGGUCAAGUUCGCGAUCUAGAUCGAGAUCUCAUGAGUCAAAUCGUAUUCUGGGAGACGGUCCCUAUAAAAGUUCAACCUAUUUAGAACGAGAUUCAUUACGUUCCUUGUCCAAUAGUCCCAGCAGAAGUCUUAGUAGUCAUCGUGCGUCGUAUACAUUUGAUUCCAGUGAACAGUUUUCAUACAGAAAAUCAUCUCCGUCUCCUCAGAGACUAGAUGCGGAUCUGUCUAGAAGUAAAGAAGUAUCAAACCUGGGAAGAAGAACAGAAGAGUCUGCAGCCUCAGGUCAUUCCAGACAAGGGGAGGCAUCAGUUGGACACCAGUCUUCCCGUGACCUAGAUGAGAGGCAAGAAAGAUCUGGAGAGAAACCCGACAGUGAAACCUUGGAUGCUGGAAGACGAGAAACAGACUCUAGACAACAGCUGCUUGAAAUCCAGCAUCUUCUGACUGGAGCUGAUCUCAAAGAUUUAACUUUGUCCUUGAAGCCAGGACAGAAGGUUGAUGUUGUGAUUUUGUUUGAAGCUCUGAGGAAGGCCAGGGAGGCAGUGGACAACAAUAUGCCUAAGGAUGACUUCAGGAGCAGACGGCUUCUACAACAAGAUUUAGCUGAAACUGAGUUGAAAAUGGUUCAGUCAGAUGCUGCUGAAAGCGGUCUUAGGUCUGCUCAGUUGCUAGACAAGGAAACUGUGGACCAGAGUUCUCCAAAUGAAAGACUUGAAGAAUCUCAGCUGUCUAGAAUCCAUUCGCCAGGUCGGGAUAUCCGUGAUGUCGAGAGAGACCGAUCACCAAGUGCUGUCAUUGGCUUGUCACGCAGACACCCAUCCAUGUCGCCAAGACGAAUGCCAAUGUCCCGAGAGCCAAUCAGAGAUGACUUUUCUUCUGGGCAUGAUGGGAGGUCGCUGGAAGGUGGGGGGUCGUUUGAAGGUGGAUAUGGAAGAGUUCCUCGUCGAGAGGCUUGGGAGCGCCGACGACAGAGGAAUUCUGACAACAUCUCACUUGAUGCCAGUCGCAUGGAUUCUCUGUCUCAGGCCAAGUUUGUUGAAGUCCUUUGUCAGGAGAUAGAGGAGCUGAAGCACAAGGUGGAAGUGAUGGAUCAGCCGCGUGAGAUGGUUUCCCAUCCAAGCAGUAGCAACAGCAGCUCUAGAACAGCCAGACAUGGGCAACGGACAGACUAUGGAGACAUAGACAGAAUAGAGAAUCCGUUUCGUCUUCAGACAGACAUUCAUGAUGAGAAUGGAAGGAUGUUGUUCGAAACGAGUAGAAGUAGAUCAGCUAGUCCCCGGUACAGUCAGAACAGAACACCAGGAGUCAAGCCCAGCAGUCUUGAAUCGAGUUCUUAUCGGUACCAGGAACGUCUCGGUCGAUCGCUCAACAUGGAUAGCCACGAAGCUCUGAGAAGUAGUCCAGACCAGCCUAGAAGUAGAUCUCUGAGUCCUCAUCUGGAGAGACAGUCUGUAAGACUAGACCAUGUGGAGGCUAAUGGAGGUGGAGAGAGAUCUGAAGAUUUCAGGAAUAGAACCACGCCUCCUGGAAGACCUGAAUUGAGGUACACAUCGGGAGUGUCACCGUGGAGAUACGGUGCAGACGUGGGUGUGUCGAGACGGGUGACAUCUCUCGGGUCGAGCAGCUCCACUCCAGAUCUGUCCCAGCAGCAUCUUCCAAUCAGUCUCGGUUACAGCAGCCCUGUCCGCAGCGUCAGUCAGGAGAUCUGGGGCAACAAACUGACCGGCGUGGAAGGCUUGACGCCGCAUGGCCACGACCGGUGGAAGCAGCUCAUCUCGAACAGGAACCUCACAGACGAGGAUGUCAUUGAGCUGAAGCAGGCACUGGCCAGCUCCAUUGUUGAGAACGACAUCUUGCAGGCGAAGCUCAACAACGCUAAGGCUGAAGUCUCCGAAAAGCUGUACCAGACGAACGGAAUUCUGGACGACUGCCGAAAACAUCUGGCGAAAUCUCAAGCGGAGAACAUGGAACUGAGGUCGAGCUUGGAACGAGAGCGACAGCAGAGGCAGGACCUGGAGGUUCGGGUGAAGGAACUGGAGGACGGUUUGUACCAGUCAAAGUCUGAUGCAUCACAGCUGGAGGCUGAGCUGGACCGGACGCGAGACGAGUUGAACCGGACGAUCCGCGACGAACCGACGCUCGAGGAAAUGAGGAAAGAAAACCGGCUGCUGCAGGGAGAUCUUGGCCGUGUGGAGAGUGUCAGCAGUUCUCUGAAACAGGAAGUGGAAGACUUGCAUCUCACUCAGGAGAAAGCUCAGGCGACUAUUCGAGAUCUGAGAACGUGUCUGGAGGAGGUCAGACAAGAAAGGUCACAGCUCUUUGAGGAGGUGAUGUCUCUCCAACUUGCCUCGAAUGAUCAGAAGGCAAAAGUUCAAAGUAUUAUUCAUCGAUACAACGACAAGGAUGUGAAGGAGGCAGUGAAUGGGCAACUUCAAGAUCAGUCUUUCAGCCCUGGUAACCAGAGAGACACCUCUAGUAACUACAGAGACAUCCCUCGUAGCCGCAGGGACACCCCCGGUACCCGCAGGGACACCAGAAGACCCGAGGUGGCCGUGUCUCCAAUCAGAAUUAACUCGCAGUCGACCCCCAAAGGUCACCAGCGGACCAGCACGCUGAAUGACGAAGUGAUGACCGAUGGAUGCUCCAAGCUGGACGGGUCCCUGAACCUGUCGGGGAUUAUUCCGGCCGGUCCGGUCACAGCUGGCUAUGUUGACUUGGAUGCGUCCUGCUCUCCAGGUGUGCCAUCGUCGUACCGUGAGAUCUACCCACACCGGAAGUCACGGUAUCACAGCCGUGACGUGCGAGAGUCUCCGGUCCUCUUCCUCGACUACCCUGACUUGCAGCAGUACCCGACCAAGCUGAGCGGUUCCAAGUUUGACUCCGAGGACCAGCCAUCGCGGAGAGAUGUCGCACACAGCUUCAGAGAUCUGUCCCACUCGAACUUCAUCCGCCGCAAGCUGCGCUACAGCCCGGUUCACGACCGAGACGGGGCUGGGGAAGACCAGGAGUUGCCGUGGUUCCUCUCUGCUGAUGACUUCCUGGCCGAUGCCAGCAUCGUGGACACGGUGGUGGAGUCACCGGUGUCGGGGAGACGCCCGCCAGUUCGAUUGUCGCAGAGUCUGCACGAGUCGAGCACGAGAAGUCCUCACAGACACAUGGAUGGCGACCGGCUCAACAGGUCAUACAGUUCAGUGUACGAUCUCGCCCAGGCGAGGAGUGACAGUCUCGGACAUCAGACCGGCCGACGUGGGAUUCUCAAGAAUGGCAAAUCUCCACUCUCAGGAGGAGGAAGCCGUCUCCGUGAGCGGAGCUGCAGUCCUGUCCUUCAGCACUGUGAGCGGCCGCACUCGCCGCCCACACGACUCUCGCCAAGGUCAAGGUCACCGGGGUCAUGGUCGUGUGGGUCAAGGUCGUCACCGAGGCCGAGUUUGCUGGGAAGGUCGUACAGCACGACGUGUCUGGAAAGGAGUGUCCAGCAACACUUGGAGAAUGAGGCUGGUUCUCCAUUCUGUGAUCCUCAGCUGUCAUCCAUGAAGCGGAAGGCAUGGUAUGAACUUCAGAUGCAGACACCAGCAGUGCUAAAUGAUGAACAACGGCGCUAUGCAGACCACCUGAUAGAGAAAUACACCGGCAUGCCAUUACCAGACACAAGUCUUCCCGUGUUUCAGCUGUGAAAGGUGGUGAAGUGGGACUGUCAACCCAGUCAUAGUAUUAACAAGUAAAUCAUCAAGUAAAUAAGACCAUUUUCAGACAAAAUAAGAUGAUAGCUAUCAACGGAAAAUGUUUCUGUGAUUUUAACUUCCAACAUGGAUGUUGUUCUCAAAUUAACAUUAAUAAAACUGGAUUUACCAUUGAGUUCUUCUACAUGAUUCAGUUCCUUUUCAUGUAAUUUGAUUUAUUUUAUAUGUAAAUAUAUUAAUCACACAAACAUAUUUCAAGUACUACUGCUGUGAACCUAGAGAAUGUAGAAGAAAACAUUUUGUAGUGUCAUUGUAUAGCUUUUAAAAAAACAUUCCUGGUGUGUUUACACAUGUUUUUUACAUUAAAUUAUUUAUAUAUAUGAUUAAUCAUUUGACCAAUAGUUUGGCUCAACCUGUUUCAGUGUUACUGAUAAGACAAUUAGAGCUGUUUGUGUUUGUUAACAAUAUUGUUUUGUUAACUUUAUAUUUUUAUAUAUCAGUUUGUUAACAGUAUUGUUUUGUUAUAUAUCAGUUUUUAAUUGCCAUAGGUAUUUGUUAACAAAUUGGUUUUAUAUAUCAUUUUGUCAGCAGUUUUGUACAAGUUUGUUAACAAUAUUGUUUUAUAUCAGUUCUAUACCGUCCAGAUCCAUUUGUUAACAAUUAUAUAUAUUUUUUCAUAUAUCCGUAUAUACUACCCAGAAAGUAUGAGGUGAUAUAUUAUUAUUAAUUGUUUACUAUUUAAUAUAUUGUAUAUAUACAUGUAUACCCACACAGUUGUUAUUUAUUACUUCAGUCCGUCCUUAAAGUAGGUAUUUUAUAUUUUAUUAGUGUUAUUUUGUUUUAAAAACAUUUUAGCUUGAUAAUUAAAGAGUUCAUUUCUAAAAUGCGAUAUAGCCAUUUACGUCAUUUUGAGAAAAACUAUUUUGUUGCAACAUGACAAAGUGUAUAUGACAAGAAGCACAGUUUUAGCACCCUGUUUAAAGAGCAUAGAUUGCGUGUUGAUGGAACAUCAGCAUACCUUCGCUGCCACGUGUAUCUCCAAAAUCUGCAAAUUGCUGUACUGGGUAUAUCAUGUUUUGAAAAUUAACUCUUCAAUUAUACAGGGUUUGUACGGAGUCUGGAAAACCUAAUCCAUUUUCCGGACCUGGAAAAAGUAUGGAAAAAUACCUUUUUUGCAAGUUGGUUUGGAAAAAGUAUGGAAAUUCGUGUUUAGGACUCAUGUAGAAAAUUUUGGUUGCGUCAAACCAGUGGAAUCUGAUAACGUUUUUCGAUCUCGGCACUAACAUACAUUUGGGAAAUCGAGACUAACAGUUGCCGACAUUUACCGAAGGUUUGAAUUACGCACUUGUGCAGUGCAUAUGACAAAAAGAUUGUCCAUUUUGACACAUUUUCCAAAAAUAUGGAGAGAUGUAUUUACUGAUUAUUGAGUAAUGUGAGUCUUGAAAAAAAAAAAUAUUUGUCUUGGAAAAAGUCUGUUUGUUUCCAAAGUGUAUGAACCCUGAUUAUAAAGAUGGUGUGAUUUGUUGGAAUUGUUUCACUUACAGACUGUGUCUAUUAUACAGACAUGCCUUCUCUCAAAGUUACAGAAAAUGUCUCGAAUACAUUCCCACUUUUUUCUUAUUUUACCAGCUUUUAUCAGGGGUAAUAUGAUAUAAUGUAAAAUAUAAUUUGGUUGAGUUUUUUCAUUCUAUAAAUGUGUAUGUAAUGUUUUAUUGAUUGAUAAUUUCAGUGCUUGACAUGUUUUGACAUUGCACACCCUAGACACUAAUUAUAUGCAGCAGACACUAAUUAUAUGCAGUCAUCAACUUGAGUGCCUUGUUUGUACAAGAAACCAAUGCAAACCAUCACCUGACCAUUUAGUGUGUUCUUGACAUUACUCAUACAGUAAACCUGUAUUUACAAUGUCAUUCAGAAUUAUAGGGUGUCAAAACAGUCAGUGGCCUUAGCAUAGCCAUCUAUAGUCCGUCCAACAGAAAAAGCCUUUUUUCAUACUAUAGAAUUUACUACAAAUUAUUUAUUUCUGAGCUGAUUGUUUUCUAAAUUGUACAUAAAAAUAGUAUUGUUUUUGUUAUUUCUAAAACACUUUUACUUUUUUUCUUAUGUCAAACCAAACUGAAAUUAUCUAAAAAAACACAACACAUUUUUGUAGAAGAAUGAGGACUGUAGAUCAUUGUUUAAAUGUGAAAGGUUCUGGGUUCGUACCUCAGCACGGCCUCCAACCAAGCUAGAGUUACUUCAUUUGUAUUCAUUGUCUGUGAUACAUAUUGUUCAUGGGCCAAAUUAUCAAAAUAUCGCAACUUUAUGUUUACAUGUGCUUGAUAUCUAUGCAAAAAAUGAUGUAAUGACAGAACAUGGAUGACAGUAAAGAAGAACGAGAGUUAUAUAACUAUGUAUAUUUCAGACUCACUGUAAUAAUAAGGAUUGUGUUUACAUUUAGUAGCCUAGUUUUGCACAUACAUGUGCUUGAUAUCUAUGCAGAAAAUGAUGUAAUGACAGAACAUGGAUGACAGUAAAGAAGAACGAGAGUUAUAUAACUAUAUAUAUUUCAGACUCACUGUAAUAAUAAGGAUUGUGUUUACAUUUAGUAGCCUAGUUUUGCACAUACAUGUGCUUGCAAAUUUACAACUGAAAAAAAUGGGUAUAAAUAUAAUUAUUGCAAUCAGUGCAAAUAAUACAGAUUGAAAUAUACAUAAAUUACUUGCUUUUGGCCUUACAAUGACCCAUCUUCUAUAUUAACGUAAUUUUGUGCAUGAUCGAAAUACAUACCAAAUACUUGUAAAUGUUGUACUGUUAAUUGUAAAAACGUAAAGUAAUGGGGCCGUAUUUACAAAACCUGUUUAUGUCUUACAUACAUGUAACUACAUACAUUUACAAUGCUUAAACACCUGCGUUUAAGAAAAACAGACUUUGUAAAUGCUAACGUAUUGACGUCAUUAUCUUCUUGAAAUACAUACCAAAUACUUGUAAAUCUGUUCAUAGUAAACAUAAAGUUAUGAUUUUUUUUGUGUAUUUGGUUACAUGCCUCUGACUAUUUUAAAUUUGAAAAACUAUUUAUGGGUUAUCCAAAAUAUAUUACAGGUAUCCCGUUUACUUUUACAUAACCUAUUAACAGUCGUCCUAAAUAUACAAUGUACUUGAGGAUGCUUUGUUGUCUAGCAGAGCCUAAGAGACCUUUGUGAAUUAGGCCCCAGGACAUAAAUUAACUUCUCUAAACCGGAUCCCUCUUAAUACUGGACAUUUGUAUUGGUUUUAAGGGUGUCCAGUUUAGAGGAGUUUCACUGUAUAUAUAAAUUAUAUAAUUGGUAUUUAUUGUUAUUAUUAUUAUUAUUAUUAUAGUAUAUUGAUGUAGAUGAAAGUACUAUGUACAGCUGAUACAGUUAGUGUAACUAGUGAUACAUUAGGCUUUAUAGAGUUGUUUCCUGAAAGUCAGAACUUGUCAAUGAAAUGUUUUAACAUUGUUAUUGCCCCUGGGUUCUAUUUUUAAAAGCAGGAUAGUUUAUUUGCAUGAAAAUCAUGUGACUAAUAGCAGGUGUGUUACAGGGUUUAUGUGUGUCCAAACAAACUCUUUUUGACAAUUACUUUUCUUUUUGCAGUUCUUUUUUUUUGAAAAGAAAGAGAGAAAAAUUAAAUACAAUAUUAGCCAUAAAUUGUGCUUAGUUUAGUUAAUAAUGAAAACAAACCUCUUUCAAACUGCUGGUGAUGCAUAUGGCUAAUGGUAGACACCCAAAAUCUGUACACAAAUGUGUUGAGGUAUUUGGAAGACAUCAAACUAAGAAAGAAUUCCACAUUGAUGGUGGCAAUUACACGAAUGAAAUACAUGUAUACUAGUCACAAGUUAAGGGCCAGUAUCAAAUUUUAUCUUACUUUAAAAAAAGAAGAAGAAGUUUUUAAAAUCCAGGUAAUAAAAAGUAGGUCACAGAGUUGGUUAAAGCAUUGCAGAUUGCAUUUUACUCACAGCUUGUUUGGUUGCCGGUAGAGAGCAUGUGGAAAAUGCACUUUAAAAAUCCCAAAUUGUUUGGCAAGCAGGACACGUACCUGCCUGAACAAAACAACCCACGGUGCAUGUAAAAUCCCUUUCAAGUUCACACUUUUCUUUUCAUGUCUAAUUAGGGUUGGGAAGAUAUAAAUUUCUUUGCAACCUCGUUUUGGAUAACCAUGCCACAAAGACAUAAACUGAGCAUUCUGGACUGUGGGUAAGCCUUGGCAUGGCUGAAUGAUGGUGUGUCCAUGAGACAAGUAGCGAGUAACCUGCAAGAGAGCCGUUCCAUCAUCCAACAGAUCGGUUCUGUAUGACUGGCUGAGUAAAUGAGUUACCCCGCUCCAGACCAGUGUCCAUGUGGCCCUUAACUUGUUGUAACUAGUAUAGUAGCAAACUAUGUAUAAACACGUACAACGGUGUGAUGCAAGAAAUAAAAAAAUGGCUUGACUAACCUCACACUACCUAUAAUCCAUUAGCAUGCAGGUCAAGAGAGGUCGUGCUCAAAUUGGCUACUUCCAGUGUAGAAACGUGUACUGUACAUUUGUUGAAAUUCAGGUUCUGUGACCUUUGCACAGUGUCUUAUUAUGUCUUGUUAGACCUGUUUAGAAUGGUCAAGAGUUCUCUAAACAAGAGGUGUCCUUUGUUUAUAGGUUAAAUUGCAUAAAUAAGUGUGUAGUGUAUACAUUGUAAUACAUUAUCAAUUAGAUACAACAGGUUUCACUGUUACAUGUUGAAUAAUAUUGCCCACUGCGGUUUUCUGAUUGAUAUAUAUCGUCUGUUUAUUCAGGUCAACAAACAUUAUCACUUGAAUUUUUUAAUAAUGUAUACAUCUUUAUACAAUUAAUAAUAUAUUUGCAUUUGGUUUUGGUUUUAUUUAUGCACCAUCUGGUUUUAUUUAUAUAUUUUAAACAUCUGUGAUAACAUAUUGAUAAAAUAGAAAUGUAUUAGUAAUACAUAUUGAUAAUGUAUCCAUGUAUUACAAUUUUAAUAAUAUACAUGUAUAAUGUAAUAAUAUUGAUAUCAUACAUUUUUACAUAUUUAUAUUAUAUGCAUAUAUUACGUAUUGAUAAUAUAUACAUGCAUUACAUAUCAAUAAUAUACACAUACAUACCUAUUAAUAAUGUAUAGGUCAUGGUAGAAACUGAGGAAUGGUGUGCCACAGGAAGAAAGCAAACAUUGAUGGUAUAUUAUUAUGCUUAAAUAUUAAAAUACUAGUGUACCCAGAAUUCAGCUGUAGUAUAUCAUGAUAUACUGUGAAGCUUUUAAAUAAUUUAAUUUCCUUAUUAAAGAAACAUUUGAUAAACAUUAAUGCAAUAUUUCUUCAGUGUACCAGUAGAAAUUGGAAUUCCAUUCUUUACUGGUAGAAUUCUUCAUUCUAGUUUCUACCACGACAUCUAUUAAUAUUUACAUGUAUGAUACAUUGUAUAUAAACACAUGUAUUAUGUAUUAUAAUAUAUUCAUCAUAUUUAUAAGUAAAGAUUUUAAAAACUAA